AAGGGGCGCGCGGCGGUCGACUCGUACUGCGAUGUCGCGGCGACGACGCACGUGUAUGAGGGGAGCGGCGGAGAGGUGUUUGACGCGCUGCUCAACCAGACCGACAUCGUCAAGAACGCCAACAAGUUCUACGUCAUCCAGCUGCUCGAGACGGACGCUUCCCCGCCAAAGUACUACACGUGGACCCGCUGGGGCCGCGUGGGCGAGAAGGGCCAGUCCGCACUGCUCCCGCCUUCGGGCGCGCGCCCGCCCCUCGCCCCCGCCCGCGCGUCGCUGGACGCCUGCCUCGACUCGUUCCACAAGAAGUUCCACGACAAGACGAAGAACAGCUGGGCGCAGCGCGACACCUUCCGCGCGGUGCCAGGCAAGUACACCCUGCUCGCCGUUGACUAUGGCGCCGACGAGCCGGACCCCGCGCCGAGCGCGCGCGGCGGAGGAGGAGGCGGGAGCUCGUCCGGCGGCGAGCCGCUCCGCAGCGGGCUGGACGAGCGGGUCGGAUCGCUCGUCUCCCUCCUGUGCGACGUGAAGAUGAUGGAGGCGCAGAUGCGCGAGAUUGGCUUCGACGCGGACAAGAUGCCUCUCGGAAAGCUGCAGCGCCGCACCAUCCUGCAGGCGCCGGCAGCCCUCGCCCGCCACCGCCCUCGCCCGCCACCGUCGCCGCCGGUGGUGGAGCUGUCGAACCAGUUCUACUCGCUGAUCCCGCACGUCGGCGCCGCCAACCGGCUGCAGCGGCUGCCGCUCAUCGACACGCCCUCGCGCCUCAAGGCCAAGAUCGAGAUGGUGGAGGCGCUCGGCGAGAUCGAGCUCGCCUCGCGCGUCAUCGACACCAAGGCGCCCGCCUUCGACAAGCACCCGCUCGACCUCAAGUACGACCAGAUCGGCGCCACGCUCACAGCCUCCCACAACCUCCCGCAACCUCCCGCAACCUCCCGCAACCUCCUGCAAUCACGGAUAGCUGCUGCAGCAGUACAUGGCAAACACGCACGCCGCCACGCACGGACAGCCUUCGAGGUGGAGCGGCCCGGCGAGGCGGAGCGCUUCGUCGACAAGGGCAACCGGCAGCUGCUGUGGCACGGCUCGCGCCUGACCAACUGGGCGGGCAUCCUCUCGCAGGGGCUGCGCAUCGCGCCGCCCGAGGCGCCCGUCACGGGCUACAUGUUUGACAAGGGCGUCUAUUUCGCAGACAUGGUCUCCAAGAGCGCAAACUACUGCUUCGCCUCGCGCCAGGCGCCGACGGGCGUGCUGCUGCUGUGCGACGUGUCGCUCGGCGACCAGUACGAGCGUCUCCAGGCCGAGUACCGCGCGGGCGCGUCGGCGAAGAAGGCUGGAAAGGACUCCACUUUCGGCAAGGGAGCGACUGGGCCGGACCCCGCCGGCACAGUGCCGCUGCCGUCCGACCCGGCCGUGCUCGUUCCAAAGGGGAAGGCCAAGAAGACAGCCGUGGCGGGCUCCUCGCUGCUAUACAACGAGUUUAUCGUCUACGACGUGGCGCAGGUCCGCCAAAAGUACCUGCUGCGCGUCAAGUUC